CACUGGCCGGCGGGCUAUGACGAUCACCUACAGCUGCGUUGCUAAUGGCCGGGCGGUCCUGGCGGAGCUGGCCUUGACCGGCGGCUCCUAUCAGGAAGCAGCGGCAAAGGUGCUUAGACAGGUGCUUCUGAAAGCCGAACCAGCGACCAUAAUCCAAAUAGGAAGCUAUGUCUACCAUACUCUCUUUAUUGAUGGAAUCACUUAUUUAUGUGCUACAGACAAUGGCUUCGAUACUAUGGCACCAUCUGCAUUUCUCAAAAAAGUUAGUGAUAUUUUUACAAGAAAUCCUCUGAUGUCACAAGAACGUUUUUUCCCUUCAAAUACACCUGCUACAGAUUUUCAACAAAUACUAGCACAGCACAUGAUGGAAUACAAUAGAAAUCAAAGUGACAACACAGUGUCUUCAGUGAAAAGUCAAGUGACUGAUGUAAAAAACGCUAUGUUGAGAAACAUAGAUACAGUUUUAGAAAAAGAAACAGUGACCAUCAUCACUGAAGGAGCAGAGGACCCCCAGGCAACUGCUGAAGAAUUGGAAAAGACAAGGAAGACUCCCAAGAGAGCAUGGUGGAAGUACUUCAAGAUCGUCGUCACCAUGCUCACAGUCCUCCUCUCAGUCAUUGUCAUUCUUUUAAGCAUACACGUAAUACCCACUUGA